GGAAGGGGACGGGGGCCUCCGAGGGCAGCUUGGCGCCCCCUGGACCCGCCCAGGCUCCCUCGGGCGAUGCACCCGCCGCACUUCCGUCUGACGGCGCAACCUCGUGGCGGACGCGACAGGAAGCAGGUGGCGGCGCUGCUGCUGGCGCUGCUGAUGGUGUCGGCGCUGCAGCGGCUCUCCGGGCGCCUCUUCUCCGCCUCCUCCUCCUCCUCCAUGGCGGCCGAGCCCCCUUCUUCUCCGCCGGGGACGGGCCUCCUCUCGGCCGCCUUCGUCACCUGCCCCAACGAGACGGUGGCCAAGGACAUCGCCAGGGCCCUGGUGGAGCGGCGGCUGGCGGCCUGCGUGAACGUCCUGCCCCACGUCACCUCCAUCUACCGGUGGAAGGGCGCCGUCGAGGAGGACGCCGAGGUGCUGCUUAUGAUCAAAACACGCAGCUCCCGGGUCUCGGCGCUGGCAGAGUAUGUCCGGUCGGUGCACCCCUACGAAGUGGCCGAGGUGAUCUCCGUCCCCAUCCAGCAGGGAAACCCCCCGUACUUGCGAUGGGUGGAAGAGGCCGUGGCCCCGGAGUGAUGGGCCCUUGAUCAGCCUGUGCCCACAAUAAAACCCCAGGGAGUUUCAGGCUCUCGUUUCUGUC